AUGGAAAAGCUCAAGACACUACUGAUUGCCAAUCGAGGAGAAAUCGCUGUCCGCAUCGCCAGGACGGCGAAAGCUCUCGGUAUUCGUACCAUCUCAAUCUAUUCAGCGGCAGAUGCGGCAUCGGCUCACGUCACGGCCGCCGACGAGGCUGUCUUGCUCUCCGGCAAUGACUCAAACGUAUACACUGAUGGCGAGAAUAUUAUCGCUAUAGCCAAGCAGAAAGGCGUCGAUGCGAUUAUUCCUGGAUAUGGCUUUCUCUCCGAGAAUGCCGAGUUCGCUAGACAGGUCGCAGAUGCUGGAAUUGCUUGGGUAGGUCCGAGUCCGGAAGCAAUCGAAGCAUUUGGCGUGAAGCACGUAGCACGAGAUUUAGCUGAGAAGGCCGGCGUGCCAAUCGUACCUGGUACCAAAGGUCUUGUGGGAAGUGCUGAAGAUGCUGUUCAAGCAUCUGAAAAGCUUGGAUUUCCAGUCAUGCUAAAGGCUACAGGAGGAGGAGGUGGCAUGGGACUAGUGACUUGUUACAAUGUUGACGAGGUUCGCUCCGGCUUUGACAAAGUGCAGUCUCGAGGCAAGACACUUUUCAAGAACUCAGGCUUGUUCAUCGAGAAGUAUUAUGCAGCUUCUCGUCAUAUCGAAGUUCAGGUUUUUGGUAAUGGCCAAGGGUCAGCGAUCCAUUUCGGUGAGAGGGAGUGUUCCAUUCAACGUCGUCACCAGAAGGUCAUUGAAGAAUGUCCCAGCCCGUUUGUCGAGAAACAUCAUGACUUGAGAAAGAAGCUAGGCGAUGCGGCUGUCAGUCUUGCAGAAUCGAUCAAAUACGGCUCUGCCGGUACAGUGGAAUACCUAGUUGACGACGAGUCGGGAGAUUACUUCUUCUUGGAGAUGAACACAAGACUACAAGUGGAACACGGCAUCACCGAACUCUGCUAUGGCAUUGAUCUGGUCGAGCUCAUGCUCCGACAGGCUGACGCUCAACUCAAGGGUCAAGGUGGAUUAGAAGCAGACCUCUUGAAGCAGAUGCAACCCUCGUCGCCAAAAGGCUCCGCCAUCGAAGCUAGAGUCUACGCAGAGAAUCCUCUGCGUGACUUUGCACCUUCUCCCGGUCUACUACAGUCUGUUUCUUGGCCAGAACAACAGAACGACCAGAUUCGCAUCGAUACCUGGGUAUUCACAGGAGCUACUAUCACACCAAACUACGAUCCACUGAUAGCCAAAGUCAUGCUCCACGGUUCGUCCAGGAACGAGGCUGUCGCAGGCAUGCAAAAGCUUCUUUCGUCGUCCAAGAUUUGUGGUCCCCCAACUAACCUCGACUUCCUCGAAGAGAUUGUACGUGAUGAUAGAUUCAAGGCUGGAAACACCCUGACGAACUUCUUGGACACGUUCGAGUUCCGCCCUGCUGCGAUCGAUGUCAUAUCAGCAGGCGCAUACACUCUUAUACAAGACCUUCCAGCCAGGCCAACUGUAGGCAAAGGAAUUCCUCAUUCUGGUGCGAUGGAUUCGGUUGCCUUUUCACUUGCAAACAUACUCGCGGGAAACAACACAACUACGGAAGCUCUGGAGAUCACUCUCAGUGGUCCCGAGCUACGUUUCGUACGUCCGGCAGUGGUCGCCCUGACAGGUGCCCCAAUGGACGCUCAAUUAGAUGGGCAGCCAUUCUCAAUGUGGCAGCGAUGCCAUAUCAAGGCAGGACAAAAACUCAGAAUUGGGAAGACAACAGGCUCCGGCUGUAGGGCUUAUCUCGCUGUAUAUGGAGGCUUUCCCACGGUGGCUGAGUACUUUGGAUCGAAGUCAACUUCCCCAAUCGUGGCGAUCGGUGGUUAUCAAGGACGUCAGCUCGCACCUGGAGACCUACUGGCUAUCAUUGAUGACAUUCCUGAAUCUAUUUCGAGUUCGAAUGCCAGCUUACCGAAAGAUCUGGUACCUGUCUACACUAGCGAGUGGGAAAUCAUGGCCAUGGUAGGACCACACGACGUUGGAUACCUCCUUCCCGAAGACAUCGAUAUGAUAUACACGACUACGUGGAAGGUCUCACAUAACGCCAGCCGUAGUGCUAUCAGAUUGAUUGGACCCGUACCCAAGUGGGCCCGUAAGGAUGGCGGCGAAGGUGGCGCCCACCCUUCGAAUUUAGUCGAGUACGGCUAUCCCGUUGGUGCGUUGAAUUGGACAGGAGACGACCCCUGCCUCUUCCCAGUGGAUUGCCCAAAUUUUGGUGGCUUUGUCUCCAGCACGACCGUCAUUCGAGCAGAGUGGUGGAAACUGGGUCAGCUGAAGUCAGGAGACACUUUGAAGUAUAAGAGAGUGUCCUUGGAAGAAGCACUGUCACUGCGGAAGCAGAACGACCAGUUUAUCGAAUCGAUCGAGAAUGCUGUAAAACAUUGCAGCGGGUUCGAAGGCGUCAAACCUCUCAACUCCACUUUCAAUCCUUCGGGCGACUUCGGUAAGGCUGUUAUCUGGGAAAGAUCCCAGCAGGGCCAUCAACCUCAAGUCAGAUACCGCCAAGGUGGUGACGAUCAUAUCAUUGUCGAGUAUGGCAACGAAGAGUUUGAUCUGAACCAUCGCUGCAGAACGACAGCGCUUGAAAAAGCCAUCCGAUCAUCAAAUCCUGAAUGGCUCAAUAACACUGUAUCUUGCUGUACGAGUGUCACCCUCUUCUAUAAUGGUCUGAAGAUCGAAAGACAGAAGUUGAUAGCACAUCUCCAAGGCCUGGAAGAUGAGUUGGGCGAUCUAAGCGCUGUCAAGGUGCCUUGCCGAAAGUUCCGCCUUCCACUCUCAUUCGAGUCCAAAGCGCAAGAGGAAGCGACGAAGAGAUACAUGGAGACGCAGCGGCCACACGCGCCGUACCUUCCUAGCAAUUUUGAUUUCGUCGCCAAGAACAACGCUUUCACAUCAGACCAUCUACGAGACAUUUUCCUCACUGGCCAAUUUAUGGCUGUCGUGGUCGGUUUCUACGCAGGUAACACGGUGUCAUUGCCAAUCGAUCCUCGUCAGCGAAUGUCUUGUCCUAAGGCAAACCCAAGUAGAGUGUUUACGCCUGAAGGCACCGUCAGUUGGGGUGGAUCCUGCAUGUCAAUUUAUCCUGUUGAUAGUCCUGGUGGCUACCAGAUGACUGGUCGCACGAUCCCUAUCUUCGAUGCACUCGGUUGGAAGAACGGAUUCUCUCCUUCACGUCCCUACUUGUUCCAAGACUUCGACAUCUUGACGUACUACCGAGUUAGCGAGGAAGAGCUGGAUGUUUUGCUUGCAGACUUCCGCAGUGGUCGAUACAAGUUUGAGUGGGAGGACAUUGAAUUCGACAUGGCUGAACACAACAAGCUGUUGGCGGACACGGCCAAGGAAGUUGAGCGUAUUCGUGCUGAACAAGCAAUCGCUCAAGCUGAGAUGACGAAAGCAGAGAACGAGAGCUUGACCAAGUGGCGAGAAGAGAAGGCAAAGAACAAAGUGGAUGACAGCACAAUCGAGUCCAUGUUGGCUGAUCCCAAAUAUACAACCAUAGAUUCUCCUGUCGCAGCGAAUGUCUGGAAGAUCAUGGUUGAGGAGAAGCAGGCCAUCAAGCCGAACCAGACUAUAGCCAUUCUCGAGGCGAUGAAGCUAGAGAUUGCAGUGAAUGCCCCAACUGAUCAGAGAGGCGCAAAGGUCGAGAGAUUGCUGGUUGCUCCGGGAGAGACUGUCAACGCCGGUGCACACAUAGCAUUGCUGAAGUUUGAUGAUUAA